CUCGUCUCCCGCGGCUCGGAGCGGUCCCACACGGACAUUUGGGGUCCCAGGAAGGGGAAGGAGUGAAGGGAACGAGCAUUUACCCAGACAGUCUAAAGUUUUGAAUAGACAUCAGUGCUUGGGAACGUGCCCUGGGAGAGCAGAGACGGAGGGAGCUCAGCGUCCCAGUCAGUCUCUCUGCCCUGCUCUGCCCAGCCGGGUGCCAGCCAGCCUACCACACGUACGAUGCCUGAGUGGGAGCAGCCCCACAUGCAGGGACCAUGGGCAUUCCGCCAGAGGCUCCUGAUCUUGCUCCUGGGCUUCCUUCGGUUCACCUGGGCGGAGAGCCAAAUGCCCCAACUGCAGAAGGAAGGUCCUCUCUACCAAGCCCUCAGCUUGAAGGAAAGUUUCUUGCUUCUUGCCCUCCACAAUAGACUUCGGAGCAAGGUCCACCCGCCAGCCGCCAACAUGCAGAGGAUGAACAAUAAUCCUGCUGAGACUCUGAGGCCUGGGCAGCUUGUGCAGCCUGAACAGGUUCCCAGGGAGAGUCUGGGUGACUGGAGUGAGCAGCUGGCCAGGCUGGCCCAGGAGCAGGCAGCCCAGUGUUCAGCUCAGGCCCUGCUCCCGGAGGGGUUCCAGGCCCUGCAGGUCGGCUGGAAUGUGCAGCUCCUGCCUGCUGGGGCUGCCUCCUUCACUGAUGUGGUGACCUCAUGGUUUCGAGAGGGGCAGUGGUAUGCCUACUCAGCUGCCCAGUGCACUAGCAACUCGUCCUGUGCUCACUAUACCCAGCUUGUAUGGGCCACCUCCAGCCAGCUGGGCUGUGGGAAGUACCUCUGCAAUGUGGGUCUCCUGGAAAUGGAAGCAUUUGCUUGUGCCUAUUCUCCUGGGGGCAACUGGGAGAUGAAUGGGAAGACUAUUGUCCCGUACAAAAAGGGGCCGUGGUGUUCUCUCUGUACUGCUGGUGUCUCAGGCUGCUUCAAAGCCUGGGAUCAUGGUGGUGGGCUCUGUGAGGUACCCAGAAACCCAUGUCGGAUGAGCUGCCGGAACAAUGGACGUCUCAAUGUCAGUACCUGUCACUGUCACUGCCCCCCGGGUUACACUGGCAGGUACUGCCAAGUGAGGUGCAGCGUCCGCUGUCAACAUGGCCGAUUCCGAGAAGAGGAGUGCUCUUGCCUCUGUGAUGUUGGCUAUGGGGGAGCUGAGUGUGCUAUCAAGGUCCAGUUCCCCUUUCAUGCCUGUGACCUUUGGAUAGAUGGCAGCUGCUUCAUGAUCUCCCCUGAGGCAGACACCUACUAUGGAGCUAAGAGUAAAUGUCAGGAGAAGGGCGGAAUGCUGGCUCAGAUUGAGAACCAAAAAGUCCAGGAUAUCCUUGCCUUCUACUUGGGACGCCUGGAAACCAACAAUGAAGUGACAGAUGCUGACUUUGAGACGAGGAACUUCUGGAUUGGACUGACCUACAAGACCUCCAAGGACUCCUUCCGCUGGGCCACGGGAGAGCAUUAUUCCUUUACCAGUUUUGCCUUUGGUCAGCCAGACAACCAAGGAUUUGGGAACUGUGUAGAGCUACAGGCAUCAGCUGCCUUCAAUUGGAACGACCAGCGUUGCAAAACCCGAAAUCGCUAUAUCUGCCAGUUUGCCCAGAAGCACAUUUCUCAGUGGAACUUGGAGCCCUGAGGUGGCCCCUCCUGUUGUUUCUGCCAGCCUCCAGGCCACCGCUCUUUCCCCUGCCCUAAGCCCUUGACACCCAUCUGGAAGAAAAAGAUUUGGGCGGCUCAGAAGGUGGUUCUGGAUCAUGGAGGAUACCUCCCCCUAACAUGUGCUGCUGUUAAUCUGGCAUCUCUGUAUCCCCAAGGAAGAGUGAAGGGGCCCAGGGAGUGGGGCACAAGGCUCACUGACCACUAGGGAAGGGGUGUCUGUGAGGGCACCUGAGGGCACAGGGAAGUAUCCACGAGAGACUCCUAGUCACUGACCACCCUGCCGCCCCUGUGCUCUCGUGGCACUGCGGCAGAGGGGUUUCUGGGCCAGGUCUUUCUCUUAAUGCUUUCUGCUGGGGCAUCUUUCCUUUUGCUUCUGCUGAUACAUAGGGAGGGCCAAGUGUCCCUGGCCAUCCUGAAGGGCCUCUGCCUCACACUGUGAGCUCUUGUUCAUUAUAGUGUUCAAUGCCCCUGGCAGGAAGCAUGGGCAGCCGGACUACUGCCAGCUCUCUCCCCGCCCCUCUCAGUGUGUGCGAUAGUGAAUCUGGGUCUUAGGACCUGGCUAGGGACAGUAUUGAGCAAAUAACAUAGCAAAUGAGCAUCUCUGGGCAUUCAGAAUGUACCUUGUGAAGGAAUAAACUAAUUUAUGCCUAAACUUGGGGGUGUUUUCUUUG